CAUGGUUUCUAAUCUAAUUGUUCUACUAAACGCCAUUGUCAAUCAAUAUUUUUCAAACACAAGAUGUCUGAUAUGCGUUACCGAUGGUAACUUGUUAUACGAUACGAAACGUACCCCAAUACUCAACUUAAAUAGUAUGGACGGCAACCUAAAUAUUAGCGACGUAUUAUUUCGUAGUUUCGGUUGUCACGAUUUCAUCGUCCAAGUUCGUAACCCCGCGUCUACAUUUGAAGUCCUAGAGAAAGAAAUACUAUACAACAAGGAAAGGUAUAACCGUCGGAAGUACGUAUUCCUCCAAAGUUCCACCGAAACGGAAGUUCUUUUGGAAAUAUUUAACACCAGCCAGAUUAAUUUUGUCAGCGACGUUAUAGCAAUUACUAUUGACACUCGCCAAUCGGAUAAUGAAAUUUUUACGGUAUGGACGCAUCCGUACAAGGGAGGUCGCGAACGCAAUGUGCCCCAUAUAAUAGAGAAAUGGUUUUCCAAAAACAAUUCUUUUAUGCUAGGAAUUAAUUUAUUUCCAGACAAACUGAGAAACCAGGCGGGGAAAACACUCAGAGUAGCUACGUUUCAGUACGAGCCAUAUACGAUAGUUGAACAGCUUAGCAGCCACGAAUAUAAGUACAUGGGUUCGGAAAUGAUGACGAUGCACUCGUUCGCUAUGUUCUAUAAUAUGACUGUCGUACCAGUAGUAAGCAACGUGGAGCAAUGGGGAGAAAUAUAUUCCAACUGGACCGGCAACGGAGUCAUGGGAAAUUUGGUUGAAGAUAGAGCCGAUAUAGGAGCUGCUGCGCUCUAUACGUGGGAAAACAUAUACUAUUACCUAGACCUUUCUAAGCCUACAGUUAGAACAGGAAUUACUUGUUUGGUACCAGCACCGAAACCCUCCAACAGAUGGUUGACACCCCUGAAGGCUUUUGCGGGUGCCACUUGGUUCGCAGUUAUCCUGGUUUACGUUACCGGUACCAUAACGGGAUACCUUUCCGAAUUGGUUACGUCGCUAACCUCGAGGUCACUCAAAGGAUUUGCCACAGUGUUCACCACCCAAAAAGUGAUCACAACCGUAAUAAAACCUUUCAUCAAUCAAAACGUGACCCGUACGGAAAUGUUGGUCGGCACCUUAGGAAAAUAUGUCAUGGGAAUGGUGUUUGUCGCUACCACGAUACUAGUGGCGUCCUAUUCUAGCGGCCUGGCCACCAUUAUGACAGUACCGAGGUACGAUAAUCCCGUGGAUACGGUCGAAGACUUCGUGAGGAGCGGAUGGAAAUGGGGAGCCACCCAGAACGCGUGGAUUACGUCAAUCGAAAAGGCUCAAGAGAAAAAUUACCGGAAGCUGGUGCAGAGGUUUAGGGCGCUGUCAGAAGAAGAACUGCGAACGUUGUCUUUGACAGGGGAAUUUGCUUUUUCAUUGGAGCGACUGCCUCAUGACAACUUUGCUGUCGGUUCUUACAUCAAGAGAGACGUAAUACAAAAUUUUCACUUGAUGCGUCAAGAUUUUUACUGGGAACAGUGCGUGAUAAUGGCAAGGAAAAGUUCAAUUUUGCUCCCUCUGCUGGACGAUUUCGUUUUAAGGGUUUUCGAAGCAGGGUUGAUUUCGUUUUGGCAAAAUGAAGCUGCGACGUCCUAUAUGGAUCACUAUAUACAAAAAGCUGUGAAAUACUUUUUGCAUCAUGGUUCCGAGAGGGGUGUGGUAAAAUUAAAGAUGAUUCACGUCCAAGGAGCAUUUGGUGUUCUGUUCGUCGGGAAUGCCAUGGCGUGCGUUGCCUUUUUAGUCGAAAUUGUCGCUCAUAGGUGGCGAACGAAAACUGUUAUAAAAUAAACUCAGCAGUGAUAAAAUUGCAACAAACCGUCAGAAAUAUCUUUAGA